GUAACUCUGGUAGUAAAAAUGAAACCAGUCUCAGAAAUGGCUGCCGAAAACCUUCCUAGCACUGUGCUUGAGAAUUUAUUCUCUUUUUUAGAUAUAAAUGACUUGCGAACGUGCUCGCUAGUGUGUAAAUCAUGGUAUAAAUUUCUGAACGACGAGGACAAUGACGUAUGGCGACUUCACUGUGUAAGAAAGCUCGCAGAGGAAGCGUUAAAAUCGGACAUUUUAGUGAAUUGCCCUACGUACAAAACAAAACUACGAGCAUUCUAUCACGCUUGGAACCCAAACGACUGCUCUAGAAACAUUUACAUUAAACCGAACGGUUUUACCCUCCAUAGAAAGCCAGUUGCUCAAAGCACGGACGGGUGUAGGGGCAAACUGGGUUUUAAACAAGGUCGACACUGCUGGGAAGUUGUGUGGGAGGGCCCAUUAGGGACUAUAGCGGUGAUCGGGCUAGCAACCAGGAACGCAAACAUGCAAAGGCUUGGAUAUUCAGAAUUACUAGGAGCAGAUGAUCAGUCAUGGGGAUGGAAUUUAGUAGAUAAUCGUUUAAUACAUAAUGGCGACUCUCAAGGGAAUUUCCCGUUAUUGAACAAUGCGCCAAAGUAUCAGGUUGGGGAACGAAUACGAGUGAUAUUGGACUGUGAUGAUAACACAUUAGCGUUUGAGAAAAACUAUGAAUUUUUAGGAGUGGCUUUUCGAGGCUUGCCAAAUGAUACAAAACUGUACCCCUCAGUGUCGGCAGUGUAUGGAAACACUGAAGUGACUAUGAUUUAUUUAGGCCAACCGUUAGAUGGAUGAUAAUGUUACAGUGUUGUUAGUGUUUCCUCCCAGUUCAGUGUUUCUAGGUGUAAGUAAAGGAAAUUGUCAGCAAUGAGACCCAAGCCUAUUAUGUGAAGGUUUUGACUCAUUGAGAAGAGGGUUUAUUGCAACUCGAAACUUAACACGGAAGAGUCAUUAUGUUGAUGUUCAUGUCAGAUACAUGUAUGAAAAGCCACAUCGCUUUAUCAUGUGUUAUGUUACACAGUUAGAGCAUCUAAUUAGGACCAUUUGCAUUGUUGAAGAAAGUUGGUGUUAUUGCAAUUAACGUCACACCAUCAGGGAAGCUGGUGAAUUCCAAGAAAAUGUGGGCGUGGCAACCGUGAUUGCGCAAUACCAAGUGACAAGAAGAUAUAGGAUGAAAAGCUCAAGAGGGAUGCAGUCUUAUUAACACAUUCAAUGAGAAAUAGGAAAGAACAGAAUUGAAAGGUUUCCAUUCAAGGAAGCUGCAACACGCAUAGAAAAGAUAUGAGAACAACAUGCAUAUUAAUGAUAAAAGAACAUGUGAAGUGAUGUGGAUCAAGUGGCUUGUGACUUCGAUUGAUGAUUUACCUGGUUUAGGGUUGGAUCUGCUGUGUGUAAGGAGAUAAAAUUAAGAAUUGUUAGUGUAAACACAUUUAAUUCAAUAAUUACUGUAUGCAUGUUUGGCUAAGUUUAUGAAUUGACAACAGAUGUUCACUUCUAAAGGUCAGAGCUGUUUAAAAAUCCUGACUUUGGAUGUGCAUUUUGCUGAAUUUAGCACAUAAUGACAUUAUUUAUACAAAUUACAAUAUUGUUAAUAAAAUAUGUCUGAUACAUUAAAGCCAUACUUACUUAAAUUCUUAGAAGGUCUGAUGUACACAUAUGUUGUUAAAUAAACAUAUUAUUAUAUAAAUAAUGUAAAAAUAUGCACAUUUGCCAUUGUUAGUCGUAUUUCAGAAUUGUAUUUAUCGUGGAGCAGGAUGAGAUAAAUAUAAUUAAUCAUUUUAAUGCUUAGUAAUUAAUGUGAAGAUAAUACGUCAUCUUUUCAACUAUUGUUCCUGCUUGUAAAGUAACAAGUUUUAUCAUUUGCUUUAAGUUACAUUAAGCUGGGCUGUCAUAAACUUUUGAAAACAGGAAGUUUAAACUUUCUAAUUGAGAAUUUUCCUCAUAGUAUUUGACAGUAUUUGGUGGCAUCUUGUUCCAAGUUUCACACACUAUAUUAUUACACUAAAUAAGAAUAGCUAUUUUUCUCCUCAGUGUGUUGUGUUUUGUUAGACCUAAACUUUGAAUUAUUACUCCUAAAUCAAGGCCUGCGCUAAAUAAAACUUUUUAUGAUUAUUUUUUUAAUUGAUGUAAAUUACUUCAACACUUCCAUUAUAUAUUUAAAUUUUCAGUUUCUGUUCAUUUAAAUGUGUUUUUUUAACCUUUUUGAAAUGCUAGAAAAUUUUCAUAGAAAAAAGUUUUUCCAGUCUUAAUCUUAAACAGGAGGUCAAGGGUUCCAUACCCAUUGUGGAAGCGUUCAUUAGAUCUCUCUCAAAGACACCAAGUACUGGUUCUAAGCCCAGGAAAGGGACUCGAGGGCGUUUCAAAUAAGUAGAAAGUACUUUCAAUGCAAUCAAGCUAAAAUAAAUAGGUUUAAACUAACCCUCUUCAUUGUAAAAAUUUGUUCAUGUACUAUUGUGUAGGGAACCACAUGAUCCUUUUAUGUUAAAAUUGUUAUUGUCCAUAUUUCUGGCUGCUGUCUGUGUUUUUAUUAAAAGUAAAAGGAAAACCUAAAUGUGAUUUUCUUAAUUAUAAAAAAUGACACACAUCAUGCAAAUAUGGGUCUUGUGCCAAUAUGAGGUCAGUUUAGCACCAGACCAGCCUGCACAGUUUACGCUGUCUGGUCAGGAGCUACCGUGUCUUCUUUCUAUAAAGGCAAGCCAUGUUUUGUAUGCUCAUUAGCAGACAAAGUAAGUCCUGACCAGACUAUUGUAGCAAGAGCGGAUCUGGAGCCAGCACCAUAUGGCAUAAGAGCCAUUUUUGCACGCCCGGUGCGGUUCAAAUACAUGUACAAGUUAUUAUUAACAGGCCUUUCAGUUGAUUUUGAAAACAGGAGUCAAAAUGACCCAACGUCUCAAAAUUAUGAGGGGUUAAAAUUAAUUGAUUUUGGUCAAAAUACUGAAGUAACUUGAAAUGUUCCUAAAUGCAUGUUUAAGGUUUUGUAAUAGCUUGUUUAUCAUAAUAAUGAACAAAACAUUUCCACAAAAGUAUUAUUAUGUCCAUAAAAAGAUAAUUUUUGAUCCUUUUUUCAAGUUUAAUUGUGAAAACAAAUGUGUCAAAACAAUGCAUGGCUAAUUUUGGCAGGGGUCGAAUAUUAGCAGGAUUCUGCUUGGAUUGAAAUCACUGAUUAAGGUUUAAAUAUGUAUCUGCGGGUUAUUUGAGGGGCUUAGAAAUAGGGGCUGCUUUGAUAAAUGUUGACAGCUAUUUGGCUCUAGUCUGUUACAUGCAUCAUUUGAGUUUUUAUGAAAGUCCAUGUAGAUUUUGUGUGGCAUGUGUGCAUUCAGUGACAAACAAGGAAUGUACUCUUAGUAAACCACUAUGCAGACUGCGCAUGUGCAAUUCUUGCAUUAUAGGGACAGUCUAAGAAACCGGAGGGGACUUAUGGUUUGCGCUCUGUGCAUCAGUCAGUCUUUCUGUCUGUCACACUUUUCUGGAUCCUGCUAUAACUUAAAAAGUACUUCAUAUUUUUUCAUGAAACUUGAAAAAUUGACAGAUGGCAAUAUUGAGAUUAUGCACAUCAUUUCAUUUUGUUCCUACGUCAAGAAUUCUGGUUGCUAUGGCAGCAAAUAUAUAUAUAUAAAAAAUCUGACAAUGGUGGAGUUUCACCGGUAGGGGACCUUAUUGCUUGGCAAUAUCUUUUUUAUAUUUUACUUUGCUUCUCCAUGUAAAGAACUUAUUGGUAUAUAAAGGUCAUGUUGCCUAAAUAAUUUGCUGUAUUUAGCAUGUGAUACCAAAUAACCAUGAAUCCAUUACAUCAUGGUUUCAAUGCACAGUGUUUUCUUAUAAAUUAAGUUAUAUGACAGCUGGCUUAGAUUUCUGUCAAUGCAAAUCAACUUUGUGGAUUUUGUGUACAUUGCGAUGUUUACCUGUUUGUUAAACCAAGAUGAACAAUCAAGAUGAGUUGAAUUCUCAAUUUAUUAAGCCGCAUGUUAGUUUUCUAGAAUGUCCAGUUAAUCAAAUCAUUAAUUGAAAUUUGGUAAAUCUUUUGUUUUCCAAUGUUGAUGGUCUUGGUUACACAAUGUAAUUCAGUUAUUGUUCUGUUUUGCACCAAAUUGAGUUAUGUUCUGUGAAAAAUGGGCUUAAUGCAAGUGCUUAAAGUAUCGUCCCAGAUUAGCCUGUGCAGUCUGCACAGGCUAAUCAAGGACGACACUUUCCGCUUUUAUGAUAUUUUUCGUUUAAAUGAAGUCUCUUCUUAGCAAAAAUUCCAAUUUAGGCGGAAAUUAUUGUCCCUUAUUAGCCUGUGCAGACUGCACAUCUGGGACGACACUUUACGCACAUGCAUGAAGCCCAGUUUUCUCAGAAUGCAAAUUGAUUUAUUCAUUUGUUGCGAAAGCUGGAUCAUGAUUAACCAACAAUGUCUCAGAAUUCAUUUGAACUAUAUUUAUAAUAAAUAUUGUAAAUUCUGCAUGGAUUGGAUUAACAAUAGGGAUUGUUUUUGUGAUAGGUCAUAAUGAGACACUAGAUGAUUAUUCUAAAUGAUGGAGACAAAAAUGGGUAAAUGUACUGGUAGGUACUAUAAAAUCUUUGCAAAGUCUGACAUGCAUGUAUUUGUAUUUUGCUCAGAGAAAACCGGACUUACUGCAUGUGCGAAGUGUUGCCCCAGAAUAGCCUGUGCAGUAUGCACAAAUAAGAGGUUGCUGUGGGAUGGUGUCCGCCUAGCGACCAGGAGGUCACGGAUUCGAUCCCCACUGUGGGUGUGUUCUUGAAAUCUUCCUCAUAGACACCAAGUACUGGUUCUAGGCCCAGGAAACGGACUCGAGAGUGUUUAUAAAAAGCCAUAGGCUUUCUAUGCAAUCGAACUAAAAUAAAUAGGUUUAAACUAAACUAAUAAGAAACGACACUUUCCGCCUAGACUGGAUAUUCUUUUAGAAGGUAGUUCCUUUUACGGAAGCGAUUGCACAGGCUAAUCUGGGACAACAUUUUACGCACAUGCAUUAAACCCAGAUUUCACAGAGCACAUCUCGUUUGUGUCUUGCAAUAUUUAUGCACCAAUGUGCUAAUAUAUGUGUUGUUAUAUAUAUGUGUACAUGUAUUGCAAAGUAAAAUGUGAAUUUUA